AGGAGAGUAUUGUGCAGGAAAAUGAGAAUGGCAAUUAGAGGAAGCUCUGUCCUAAUCCCAGUAAUGGUAUUUUUGAUGGUGUUUCAGCUUCAAUAUGAGGCCAUUCAUUCGUAUACGCCGGUCCAUUACAUGGUCGGAGAUGAGGAUGGUUGGGAUCCGGUGAUCAGCAUGGAAGGCUGGGCUAAAGGGAAGGAUUUCCAUGCUGGCGACGUUCUAGAGUUCGUAUAUGGUUCUGGAAUCGAUGUUUCAAUAGUGGACCAAGAAGCACACGACGAUUGCAGUGUUAACGACAAAUCCAUAGAGUUCAGCACAGGGGAUGACAAUAUCACACUUGCGUUUGGAGCCAAUUAUUUUAUUUGCAGUAGACCUAUUGUUUGCCAAGCUGGGUUGAAGUUGGCCAUCAACGCCACUGCACCACCACCUUCACUUUAA